AUGUUUGAGCUAAUUAAAAGAACGGGAAGAAGUAUUGAAAUGCUUUCUAAAUCGGAAGUGCGGUAUAUUGGCACACUUUCCGCAUACGACGAAGCAAGGGGCACGAUUACCCUCUCGAAAGUGCGGUCGUUUGGAUCGGAGAACAGGAGUGCGCCCGUGAAGAUACACCACGGCACACAAAUAUACGAAUAUAUUGUAUUUAAGCUGGAAAAUAUACAAAGCAUACGGCACAAUAACGAGUGGGUCUCCAUAAUAGACGGCUCCCCAGUGGAAGUUCCUCCGUGCCCAAGUGCUCCCUUGGAAGACCGCACUCCACAGAACUCUCAGGUAAUAUACGGAACAGGGCCCAGAGAGACAGACGCACUAGAAUCCACUUCGCACAAACACAGUAGGAGUUCAUUCUACAGGUACAACAAAUAUUCUGGAUUUGGAGCAAAUAGAAGCAGAGACAGAGGGUCUUUAACGAAAGGCAUUGUAGUGCCAGAUGAAGAGUACGACUUCGUACAGAAUAACAAAGAGAUGGAAAAGAACAGAGAGAAGCACGCUGUAGAGUACAAUAAUACAUAUGAUCCAGACUUCUUCUUUGACUCUCUGAAGUAA